UAAAGUUUUCGGUGGUUGCCAUGCCAUGGCAUGGCAUGGCAUGGCGAUCGCCAUUUUGCUAACAAUUUAUUUUUGUUGAUUUUUGGCCAAACGCCCCUUAUUUUAGACGUCAUGAUGACAGACAGAUGAGACAGAAUGACAAUCAAAUUCACAGCAGAACCGGCAGAACCCAUAUCUGUGGCAGAACCACAGAAAUCAAAAGAUGAGAAUGAGACAGAAACAGACAGAAUGUGGUUCUUGAGCUUACAUUUAUUUAUUUACUAAUAAACUUCAAUUAAUAAAUUGAGUUCAUCUGUGUUAAUUAACUAAAAUUUUACAUGAACUAAAAGACAAGUUUCAUGUCAUCGUGUCAUAAUUGCUGUAUUUAGUUUUAUUGAAAAAAAAGAAAGGAUUUGUUUACACAGUACACUACACAAAUAUCGAAAUUCUAAUUUAAUUUCAAUUGUUAAAAUGAAUAACGUUCAUUUGCCCGAGGAUUGUGCGAAGCAAUGGGAGAUUCUUUUGUUGCUACUUUCAUCAGAAGAGAAGAAAAUUGACCGGACCAGCGACAGCGAAAUCGAUACUAUGAACUACUUUUAUAAAAACGAAGGCGUCAGAAAAAUCCUCACACAUUGGCUACAACAAAUGCAAAAGACAUACGCUAAAAAACUCAGUGACUCAAACACUGCAUUAAAAUGCAAUGAAAUAUCCCAGUUGUGGCGUCAGCGAGGCAAUGAUAACUUCCGAGCUAACCGAGUCAAAGAGAGUUAUAGGUGUUACUGUGAAAGUGUCCUAUAUGCCCCUCAAGAUGGACCCAUGUAUCCACUUGCACUGGCAAAUCGAUCAGCUGCUUUGCUUCGGAUGAAAAGAUUUCAGGAAUGCCUAGCAGACAUAAAGCUGGCACUCGAGCAUGGAUACUCUAACGAGCAGCGGCACAAGUUGUUGCUACGACAAGCUGACUGCCACAUUGAGUUGGGCUCCCGGGAGCAGGCUGUGGCCGCCCUUUCAGCUGCCGCGACUCAUGCUCACUCAUUGCAACUGGCACCCACUCAUGCUGCAGAGUUUGAUAGACAUAUUAAAAUACUGGAAAGAAAACUUGAAGCAUUAGAGGAAAUUAAUGAAGUAAAGCAAGAAGAAGAAGUGCCGAUUCCAGAAUGUUACAAAGGAGAAAACCCCAAUUUCUUUGCGGCUUCUAAUGCUCUAGAACUAAGGCGCAGUGAAUCGUGCGGCAGAUUCGUAGUGGCGUGCGAGCCAACGCGUCGUGGCGAUGUCUUAUUCUCUGAAGAGCCUUACGCUUGGGUGACGCUGCCCGAAGGAGACCCAGACCGAGGCGCCUGUGAGACUUGUUGUCAGGCGGAUGUGAAUCCUGUGCCAUGCGGGACGUGUUCGCGUAGCGUGUACUGCGGCGAGGAGUGCCGCGCGCGCGGUUCGAGACUAUUCCACCGCUGGGAGUGCUCGGGCGCGCAGGCCGCCAUCUUUCCCACUAUUGGGAUCGCGCAUUUGGCUCUCAGAGUGCUACUCAUAACAGCCAGCGAAGGUUUCCCUCGGGUCUCGAACCCGACCGAUCAGCCGAGCUCGGCAGCCGAAUUGUUCCAAGCGUACUCUCGCAUCGACGACAUACAAAUCUACAAGAAAGACACGCCAGCCUUCUACAGGAUGUUCAACUUGGUUACCAACUUUGACAAGAUGAACAACACAGACUAUAUACAGUAUGCUUUAACGGCGACAAUGCUAACGCUAUACCUAGAGCGGUGGACGACAUUUUUCGACGAGUUGCCGUCGCGAUUGCCGCACGCGUUGCCCGCGCGUCAACUGCGCGUUUUCGCCGCGGCGCUGCUGUUGCGGGCGCUAGGGCAACUCGUCUGCAACGGGCACGCUGCGUUGACGCUCGCUGUGUUUGAAGAUGACGACACGGGUGAAGAUGGUCAAGCGGCGACGGUAUCUGAGCGCGAGGUUCGUCGUGCGACUGCAAUAUACCCGUCGGCGGCCAUGAUGAACCACUCCUGUGACCCAAACAUCAUCAAUACCUUCUACAAGGGUCGGCUGGUGGUGGUGAGCGCGCGCGAGCUAGCCGCGGGCGGCGAGGCUCUGAACUGCUACGGGCCGCACCGGGCGCGCGAACCGUUCGCGCAGCGACGCGCCGCGUUGCGCGCGCAGUACUGCUUCACGUGCGCGUGCGCGGUCUGCGCCGACGCCGACCGACGGGACUUUGUGCAUCUGUUCAGCGCUUACGCGUGUCACGCGUGCAAAGGUCCCGUAACUUGCAACAGCGGUGGCUCCCCCAAAUGUCCGCAAUGCGGCGCGGAGUUUCGCGUGGAACGGGCCCUAGACGCCCUAGAGCGGGCUAGGGAACUCCUAGCCGAAGCCAAGAGAGCGCGUGCGCCGGCCGAGAGAUGCGAAAAGGCACAGGCCGCGUUGAAACUACAACAACACGCUUGGCACAGACAUCACUCCGCGUUGAGAGAUUCCGCCGAUAAGGUGGCCAGGCUGUAUGCGGAUUACGGUGAUUUCAGCAAGAGUGUGGAACUAAUAAAACAAAAUAUUCAAAGUCUCGAGUACCAGUUCGGAUCUUUUAGUGCUGAGGUGGCCCAUGAACUCAGGAAGUUAUCUGAUGUGAUGUUGGAGCGGAUUGUCACCACGCAAAACAGUGCCGAAUACAGGGACUGGUGUCUUGAAACCCACAAAAUAUUGAAGAAAGCAGUUCAAUUGACUGAACUGAAUUACGGCUCGUGGGAACCUUUGGUCAAAAGGCUCAAGGAGAAUGAAGAGUUUGUCGCCUCGUUACUUAACGAAAGCCGGAGUGCCGAUGUAGCAGACAGCAUCCACCAUAAUUUGCACUACAAUCUCAAAAUCUAGGGCGCAUAACUAGAGCACUACUAAAUCCCUAGAACAGCACAUGUGAGUCCUUGUUUCUACAAACUAACAUCUUUAGAUAAAGUUAAUUACAUUUUACCAUGUCACAGCAAAUUAGGUAACUGUUAUUUAAAAUCUAAAUAGUUAGUAUCAUACUAAAUGUUCCUUUUCAAGUUUUGUAGAACUGUUCCUUAGUAGCUAUAUUCACUUCGGUCGUGGUUUAGAAACUAGCAUAUAUUAAAAACUCAGGAUAUUUUGAAUGUUGAUAAGUUUAUAUUUUAUCCACUUGUGCGUGACUAAUGCAACGUGAUGUUCAUAACAUUAUAAAAAGAGAUGCCUAAUAAAAUACAAUAAGAUUGAAUGAAUACAGUUCAAUAUUAUAUCUAAGCAAUGCGAUUAGUGAGAUUUUUUGUAUGCAAAUUACUUAUAAUAUUGGUGUUGUCUUUUUUGAAUUUAUAUUAUACAUAAAAUAACUCUUUCAUAUACAUAAUAUAGGAUAAAAUACAAGAUGUUGUUUUGUAAAACAACGCCCAUCUGGGGUCAUAGUACACAUGAAACUUCAUGAAAGUAAUUACAAGAAAAACUAUUACUUUAUUAGUAAAAAACCUUGUUCAAACGUCUCCUAAAACUUUCGAGACUGCGCUUGUUACAUGCGGCCAGCGCCCCGGGAAAGCAGGGGGACUGACCGAUAGCUCGCCCGCGUAAUAAUACCACUUUCCAGAUUUCAUGGUUUUUUUCCAAAAAAAAAUUAACUAAGUUAUUUUUUAUAUUAUUAUUUUUUUUGGCAUCAGUGUCGUGUAUACUACCACCCCUGAGACGGGCGUUAUUUUACAAAACCAAACCUGUUUAAUCAUAUUUGGCAUUUUAAAGGUCGACUACCUACUUAUUGAUACAUAAAUUAAUAUUAGUACAAGUUAUUUAAAAUUAAUAUUGAGGUUUAUUUACAUCAUUAAGUAAAAGUUGUGAUUUCAAAAAUGAUUUGAAAAUCUGAUUAUGUAGUAAGUACUUUAGUAGCCGAUUUUUUAAUUCGCAUAUAGCGAGCAUACAUGUAGAGCCAAGGCACAUGAUGCGUUGUGGAACUGCACCGCAAAGAUUACUACACCGACCACAGAUAUUUCUAUGUAAAGGUGGCGGUUCGCGUUGCGACUGAGACAAGAGACAGAGACAGGAGAUCGCGACCGUUACUUGACAGGCAGAGACCUGUUUGUCUCUGUCUCGCUUGCGAACUGUCGCUUAUACAUUGUCUAAAGUCAAGUAAAGGUAGCAUUCGGAUCAAGACGACCGCGACGAGAGACCACGACCCGAGACCGCGACAGGCAACCGGUCGCAGGUCGCAGGGCGACAGCUACUUACGAAUCUUCGCGACACGAGUCGUGCGACCCAUACGAAACUUACUAAUUCUAUUAAAAUUUCGUCUUCGUGCGCAGAAAACACGGCCAUUUUGCAUCUGUCGCGUCACGGCACUGCCUUGUGAGCGACCGAGUCGCGCGACGCAAGUAGCCGGCAGGCCACGCCCACACGUCGCGCGACUCGGUUGCUUGCAUCCGUCAGCACUUCCUAUUAAUUCAUAUAAAGCAGUGGGUCGCGGUCGCCGGUCGCAGGGCGACAGCUACUUACGAAUCUUCGCGACACGAGUCGUGCGACCCAUACGAAACUCAGUAUGCUUGCAGUUACUAAACUAAACGGUUGUAUUCCAUCCAUCUGUAAACAAUAAAAACAAGUACCUUUUCUAAUAAAAAUAUGUAUCAUUUCAACUUACUUGUUUUAUUUAAUGCUUUUCCAAUUUUUUCCCAAAUAUUGUCUCUCACAGUAUUAUCUUUAUAAGCUUGAAGUCUCGUAUCGAAUACAGGUGCGUUUUUACUUACUAAUUCUAUUAAAAUUUCGUCUUCGUGCGAAGAAAACACGGCCAUUUUGCAUCUGUCGCGCCACGGCACUGCCUUGUGAGCGACCGAGUCGCGCGACGCAAGUAGCCGGCAGGCCUUUAACGUUCGCGGUCUCCCGUCUCGGUCUCGCGUCUCUGUCGCGAUGCGAACCGCCACCUUAAGGUAGCAUUCGGAUCAAGACGACCGCGACGCGAGACCGCGACUCGAGACCGCGACCGGCGACCGCGACCCACUGAUUUAUAUGAAUUAAUAGGAAGUGCUGACGGAUGCAAGCAACCGAAUCGCGCGA